AUGAAUUAUCCUUAUUCAUCUUUUGAAGAUGAUGGACAAUAUCAAACAGAUUUAUCUGAAGUUGCUUCAAGAAAUGCUGAUGAAGAAGCUGCAGGGCAUCAACAACAACAAUUACAAUAUCAUCGUCGAGUACAAAUAGAAGAAGCAACAAGACAACGUCAACAACAACAGCAACAUCAUCAACAACAGUCUUCACCAUCAUCAUCAGAUGAUUUCAAUUUUGAACUGCAACAAAUCAAACCAAAUCGACCCAAAAAUUCGCCUCCUAAACCCAUAUUUGUUGAUAAAGAUGGGAAAUCAAUGCUUUUUUAUAUUCCUGAAGAUGAACCGAAUCGAAAUAAAUAUCGAGAUCUAAUAAUCCGUUAUGGUGGUGUAAUAGUUGAAAAAGGGUUCCCUACAGUUAUCUUAUUAAGUAAUAAUGAAGAUUUGUAUGGAUUUUCCAAAUUAAAGUUUAUUGAUGAUUGUAUUGCUAAAAAUCAAUUACUUUCAGUAUUUGAUUAUGGAACUUAUGGAACUUAUAAUAAUCCUGAAGAUGCUGCAUUUGAUACUACAUCAAUAAUCAAUGAAUUGAAUGAUGAUUUGUCAAGUAAUAUAUCGUCACUGUUUAGUACAAUAGAAGGAACAAGCUCCAUGGUGGAGGUUCCUGUUGCUGCUCCUGCUGCGAUUCCUCUUCCUCCUCCUCCUCAUCAACAACAGCGUAGUAUAGAUGCAUUUCCCAAUCCCAAUAUUAAUAAUGCUAGACGAGGAUCACUGGGUCAUAGAUUUACAAUAGAACAAGAUGAAUUUAUUCUUGAACAUAUUCGCAGGAAACCUCGAUUUAGACAAUCACAAAAAUUUUAUGCUCAAUUAGCUUUAUUAGAACCAUUGAGAGGUCAUACGGGGAAUUCAAUUCGUUCAAGAUUUAGAAAACAUUUAGAAUCAAGAUUAAAUUAUAUUUAUAAAACUGAUGAUCAAGAUCAAUUAAUUCGUGAUGAAGCAGGAAAUUUAAUUAAAAUUGGACUUGAUGAAAUGCCUGGGACUCUUAAAAAUAAAUUCACACCAGAAGAUGAUUAUCUUCUUUGUUGUGUUGCAUUAGAAUAUAUGGCAUCAAAUAAUAUUGAUUCUAUAGGAUUACGAUAUUCAUUUUUUGAUGGUAUGUACAGAAAAUAUCGUAAUCAUACUUUACAAUCUUGGAGAGAUAGAUUUAGGAAAUAUAUUCGUGAUAAAUCUGAUCUUGUUGAUUAUAAAGAAUAUUAUGAAAAUUGUGAAAAAGUAGGUAUGGCUCCUAGAUGUUUAACAAGAAUUGCUCCAUAA